ACUUCUGUCUGUACCAAGGCAAAGACUUCGUCGUCAUGUGCGUCGGGGGACCGAACGAGCGCAACGACUACCACGUCAACGAGACCGAGGAAUGGUUCUACCAGCACAAGGGCGGUAUGCUUCUGCGCGUGGUGGAUGAGGGCUUGUUCCGGGAUAUCAGGAUCGAGGAGGGCGAGAUGUUUCUGCUGCCCGCCAACACCCCGCACAACCCAGUCCGUUUCGCGGACACCAUCGGCAUCGUGCUCGAGCGCGUACGUCCUGAGGGAUCCCUAGACCGCCUCCGGUGGUACUGCCGCUCCGACGUGCACACGGAGCCCACGGUCAUCUACGAGGAAGAGU